AUGGCUUGUGUGGCGCCACAACCUCUGUCAUGCCAUUACCAUCGAAAACUCACCAUUCAACAAAGAACCACUUGGGCAUGGAACAACAUAAAACCCUUUCCUUCAUUUACGAUUCCAAAAUUAUCAUCCCCUUCUCUCACAACACACAAAACGGACUCACCCACUUACUCUCAGUCACAGUGCCAUGUACCUUAUCUCCAACGCUUACGCAAUCUCUGCGACGCUGGGAACCUCAACGAAGCCUUCAACUUGCUUCAAUCACAUUUCCACAACGGCGUCGUUUCCUCUUCAGAAGCAAUUAGUGUGUUGCUACAAGCCUGUGGGCACCACAAAGACAUCGAGCUUGGCCGAAGAGUGCACGCUAUGGUCUCUGCGUCCUCGCAGUUCAGCAACGACGUCGUUCUCAACACCCGCAUUAUCACAAUGUACUCCAUGUGCGGUUCACCCUCGGAUUCACGCUCCGUUUUCGACGCGUUGCAGAAAAAGAACUUGUUUCUUUGGAACGCGCUUCUCAGCGGGUACACCAGGAACGCGCUUUUUCGCGACGCGAUUUCCCUGUUUGUUGAGUUGCUUUCCGCGACGGCGUUCGCGCCGGAUAAUUUCACGUUGCCUUGUGUAAUUAAGGCGUGCUCGGGGCUCUUGGACGCGGGAUUGGGGGAAACGAUUCAUGGGUUUGCGUUGAAGAUGGGUCUUUUAUCGGAUGCGUUUGUGGGUAAUGCUUUGAUUGCGAUGUAUGGGAAAUGUGGGUUUGUGGAGAGUGCUUUCAAGGUGUUUGAGAGUAUGCCGAAGAGAAACUUGGUUUCGUGGAACUCGAUGAUGCGUGGGUAUUCUGAGAAUGGGCUUUUUGAAGAGAGUUAUGAUUUGUUUAAGGGACUGUUGAAUGGCGAGGAAGCUUUGGUACCUGAUGUUGCUACCAUGGUGACAAUGUUACCUGUGUGUGCAGCACAAGGUGAAGUGAAAAUGGGGAUGGUACUUCAUGGUUUGGCUUUGAAACUGGGCCUUAAUGAGGAACUCAUGGUGAAUAAUUCCCUCUUGGAUAUGUAUUCGAAAUGUGGUUACAUAGGUGAAGCACAAGUUCUGUUUGAUAUGAAUGGUGACAAGAAUGUUGUAUCUUGGAAUUCUAUGAUUGGGGGAUACUCUAAGGCGGGAGAUUUUUGUGGAACGUUUGAGCUGCUGCGGAAGAUGCAGAUGGAAGAGAAGUUAAGGGUCAAUGAGGUGACCCUGUUAAAUGUUCUGCCAGCUUGUUUAGAAGAGCUUCAUCUACUGCGCUUGAAAGAACUUCAUGGUUAUUGUUUUAGACGUGGAUUUCAGAAUGAUGAAUUGGUGGGCAAUGCUUUUGUUGCUGCCUAUGCAAAAUGUGGUUCACUGGUUUAUGCUGAGCGUGUAUUCCAUGGUAUGAAGGCUAGAACAGUGAGCUCUUGGAAUGCACUGAUUGGCGCUCAUGCGCAAAAUGAUUUUCCAAGAAAGGCUUUAGACUUGUACCUUCUGAUGACAGAUUCUGGCUUAGAACCUGAUUUGUUUACAAUUGGUAGCCUUCUUUUAGCUUGUGCCCGCCUGAGAUUCCUACACUAUGGCAAAGAGAUUCAUGGUUUUAUGUUGCGUAAUGGUUUAGAAUUGGACAAUUUUAUUGGGAUAUCAUUACUGUCACUUUAUAUUCACUGUAACAAAAUGUUACCAGCAAAAUUAUUUUUUGAUAAGAUGGAAAACAGAAGUUUAGUAUGCUGGAAUACAAUGAUUACUGGCUUUUCACAGAAUGAACUUCCUUGCGAGGCCCUUGACACAUUUCGGCAAAUGCUUUCUAGUGGAAUUCAGCCUCAUCAGAUUGCCAUAAUGGGUGUUCUGGGGGCAUGUUCACAAGUGUCAGCAUUGCGGCUGGGGAAAGAAGUUCACUCUUUUGCACUGAAAGCUCAUCUCACGGAGGACAGCUUUGUUACUUGUUCAUUAAUAGACAUGUAUGCAAAAUGUGGAUGCAUGGAACAAUCUCAAAACAUUUUCGACAGGAUAAAUGCAAAAGAUGAAGCAUCAUGGAAUGUUAUAAUUGCAGGAUAUGGAAUUCAUGGGCAUGGACUGAAGGCUACAGAGCUGUUUGAAUCAAUGCAAAGCUCAGGGUGCAGGCCGGAUUCUUUUACGUUUAUAGGAUUGCUAAUGGCCUGUAACCAUGCUGGCUUAGUAACAGAAGGGAUAAAAUAUCUUGGUCAGAUGCAGAGUUUGUAUGGCAUAAAGCCAAAAUUAGAGCAUUAUGCAUGUGUGGUGGACAUGCUUGGCAGGGCAGGACAAUUGAAUGAAGCUUUAAAGCUUGUAAAUGAGAUGCCAGAUGAACCAGAUUCAGGGAUAUGGAGUUCAUUGCUCAGUUCCUGCAGGAAUUAUGGGGAUUUGGAUAUUGGGGAGGAAGCUUCCAAAAAGUUAUUAGAGUUGGGACCAAAAAAAGCUGAGAAUUAUGUAUUGCUGUCAAACCUAUAUGCUGGAUUAGGAAAAUGGGAUGAGGUGAGACAGGUGAGGCAGAAGAUGAAGGAGAUUGGCCUUCUAAAAGAUGCAGGAUGCAGUUGGAUUGAAAUAGGAGGAAAGGUUUAUAGAUUUCUUGUUGGUGAUGGAUCACUUUUGGAAUCAAAAAAAAUUCAGCAGACUUGGAUUAAAUUGGAGAAAAAAAUAAGCAAAAUUGGAUAUAAACCUGACACGAGUUGUGUGCUUCAUGAACUGGAAGAAGAGGAAAAGAUUAAGAUACUGAAGAGCCAUAGCGAGAAGCUUGCAAUUUCUUUUGGUUUAUUAAAUACGGCUAAAGGUACAACCCUGAGGGUUUGCAAAAAUCUACGCAUUUGUGUAGACUGUCACAAUGCGAUUAAAUUAGUAUCUAAGGUUGCUGAAAGGGAGAUUUUUGUAAGAGACAACAAGCGCUUUCAUCAUUUCAAAAAUGGAUUUUGUACCUGUGGAGAUUAUUGGUAGUUG